AUGAAGGUACCACCAGUAGUGCCAGGUACCUGUACCUGUACGGAGGACCUGCUCCCCUGCUCCUCGACAGGGUCCCGACUCCAUCCCCGUAGCGUUUUCUCUGGCCGAGCAGCAGCAGUGCGGAUCUGGCUCAGGGGUCCCGAUCCAUAUAGGCUGGAGGAAGGCAGCGCAGACGCAUCGAAGGGGGACCAGGCAGCCAGAUGGGGUUCCGAUGGAGUCGUCCCAUGGAUCACGGCAGUGCGAUGGACGCCCGCGAUCGAGCAGAUCUGGUCGUAUCCUCUGGCAGAGUCGCAGCGGCCAGCAGUGGUACCAUGUUUCUUUUCUUUUGAAGCCCAUCUCUGCUUUAAUAGACCCGGCAGCCUGCUCCGGCGAAGGGAGACUCUCUCUCUCCCUCUCCCUCGCUCUCGCUGGCUUUGCCUCUGUGUGUACACUUCCGUACUUUUGCUCCUUUUGCUCUUCCUUUUGCCGUGCUUUUGCUUCUUCUGCGUUGCCGCGUCGGCCGCUGAUCACUUCGAUAUCAGCCAUCAGAGACCAUCGCCCGCACAGCCAAAAGGGGGGACUGCCCGGCCAGGGGACAUCCUGACUCGAUCGGACUCCACUGGGGCACUUUCAAUCGCUGGUUCUUCUAUCGCUCGCUCGCUCGCUCUCCAUCGAUCUGUCUGGCUGCGGCUGUUGGUCGGUUGGCCCCUGAGGCCGACCUCGAGCGUCAACAUCAACAUCAACAUCAACAGACACCAGCUCCCAGUUCAGCGACCAAAGGGAGACAGACAGAGGCUUGAGCCUGCUACGAAAAGAAAGCCUUCGCACAUCGCCUGCCCACCCCCGCGAGAUGGCGGCGAGAUAGACUCAGCGCUGGACGAGACGAAGAUAUAUACGAACAUUCAGCCACCCCAGGAAGAAGCAACGAGAGCGAAGAAAAAGAAAAAGCAAGCAAGAAAAGAAGACGAGAAGAAGAAGAGACGAAGAAGAAAAAGGAAUAUCGUACUCUAA